UCACUUCCCGUCUUCUUCCUGUUUAUGUUCUCCGUCCAGCACCUCAUAGAAUGAAAUAUUUCGCCUGCGGUCUGUGUCGUGAAAGUGAGCAAACGCAUGUCUCGGAUCAGGACCACGUUGGACAGCGUAACCAAGGCAGUAGGCAGCACCGACCUCAUCGCCAAGUUCUCCCGCCUCAAGCCUGGUGGCGCCGCAGUCGGUAGCACCCAUGCGGAAAAACCCGAACACGCUAUGAAAGAGCAGGACGGAGGGGAGAAGAACACAGCAGAGGAAGAGUUGGACAAGCAAAGUCACCAAGUCAUAGAAAGUCCUUUUGUUGCCACCAAUAAGUCCACAUCCGGUUUAGCUUCAGCGGCUAAAGUGUCUGCCCCAGGCUCGUCCACCACUGUGGCCAAACAAACUACGCAGCUGUUUCACCCGACAGGUCUUUCAACAAACAUGGACGAGACCUACAACACUCUGGCUCAGCACAUCAAUAAUUACUUUGGCACCAACACACAGGGAGAGGAUGUAGAACACAGGCCACUGCAGCAGGACAGAGGAGGCGAUGUUCCCGUCUCGGAGCCUGUUCCUCACCCUGCUCCUCUGAGAACAGGGGAACACAUUCUUAUUUUGUCUCCGAUGGCGGAGGCCAAGAACAUUGAAGCAGCAACUACCUCUCCAUCAGAAAAGCACAGUCCACCAGUGGGGGUGCACUCCUCUGACACCCCUGCAACAGACAACAUAGCUCAACCCAUCCCGGUGCCAACUGCCUCCGCUAAAAAGGGCUUCACCCGCUACCUGUCCUACCCUCGGCCCAGCGUCCAGGCUUUUGUUGGCAACUACAUUGCACCACUGGUCCCAAAAUUUAGAAGUGAGUCCAAAAGCGCUGCAGCUGAGAAAGAGAAGGCUGCAGCAGUCGCUGUUGUAGAACCCGCUGGCGAGAAAAAAGAGGAGAAGACAGAUGUUGAGGAGAAAACGGAGGAAAGGAAGCAAGAGCUGUUGACUCAAAGGCAGAAGAUAAUCGCCAGGGUAAGUGUAGACAACAGGACCAGAGCUCUGGUGAAAGGCCUGCUGAGGGUCACGGACGUCAAACUCCUUACUAGUCGGGUGGAGGAACUCAGCCAUCACCUCCGGGAGUUCCCGGAGACACGAGGUGUAGCUAUCAAGGCGAGCGCGCUGCCCUGCCUGCUGCGAUUGCGCCAGGCCAGAGACCCUCCUCUCCAGUCUGCUGUGAGAGUAGCUCUGGCUCUGGUCGGCUACACAGAACCAGUCAAAGGCAGAGGAAUCAGAGUCCUGGCCAUCGAUGGAGGAGGGACCAGGGGACUGUUGGCCCUUCAAACUCUACGUAAAUUGCAGGACAUGACCGGGAAACCAGUCCACCAGCUCUUUGACUACAUCUGUGGAGUCAGCACAGGUGCCAUCUUGGCCUUCAUGUUGGGCAUGUAUCAAAUCCCCCUAGACGAGUGCGAGGAGAUGUACAGGAAGUUGGGCUCGGAUGUGUUCAAGCAGAACGUAAUCGUUGGAACCGUCAAGAUGGGCUGGAGCCAUGCUUUCUACGACAGUGCAAUCUGGGAAAACAUCCUUAAGGAACGGAUGGGUGAGGGGCACAUGAUUGAGACUGCCAGGGACCCAGACUGCCCAAAAGUGUCAGCAGUGAGCACCAUUGUGAACAGGGGAUUACCUCUGAAGGCCUAUGUGUUCAGGAACUACAGACUCAUGCCCGGAGUGAGGUCCCACUACCUUGGAGACUGCCAACACAAAAUGUGGCAGGCCAUCAGGGCCUCGUCCGCUGCUCCGGGCUACUUCCAGGAAUUUGUCCUGGGAAAAGACCUUCACCAGGAUGGAGGACUUCUGAUUAACAACCCAACAGCGUUGGCCAUCCACGAGUGCAAGUGUCUGUGGCCAAACACGCCUCUGCAGUGCGUGUUGUCUCUGGGCACCGGACGCCACGAGAAGGCGGGCAAGAACAACACGACCUACACGAGCCUGAAGACCAAGCUCUCCCACGUCAUCAGCAGCGCCACAGAUACAGAGGAGGUUCACACCAUGCUGGACGCCCUCCUGCCCCCGGACACCUACUUCCGCUUCAACCCCUACAUGAGCGAGGACAUCCCGUUGAACGAGAGCCGCAUCGAGAAGCUGAACUUCCUCAAGGAGGAGGGCGCACGCUACCUGGAGACAAACGAGGCCAAGCUGAGGAAGGCGGCGAGCGUGCUCAGCCAGGAGAAGGGCGCCAUCCAGAGGCUGGCCGAGUGGGCCAAGCUGAAAACCGACAUGUACGAGGGUCUGCCCUUCAUCUCCAAGCUGUAGUUGUUAGCCUGGCAACAGAAAGACCACAAAAAAGAGAGUUUUUAAAGGUAAGAGGACCCUGAGUGUAAAUACACUACCACUAAAUAAAAGGGCCCGAACUGGAUUUAUUAUUUUUUUAUUUCAAUGGAAAUCAAGAAUGAAAUGUGUAAAUAUUCAAGGUUUCACCUUCAUUUACCAAGCACUAAAAGAUGAUUAUUCAUAAACAAUUCAGACGGUAGUAAUGAUAAUAUUGUUAAAAUAUUUAUUGUUUAUAAGAUAGAAUUUCUAGGACGAAUGCAGCAGGUUGGAGCUGGUGCACGAUCCAACCACAUUUACUGUUGAGACAACUUUAUGCCUAUUAUGUAAAGACUGAUGCUCUUUCCCAUUUCCUGUAAUUUAACACAUGAUUGCACAGUAAGAACAGAAACAUGACUGCCUGUUUCUUUACACUCUACAGAAGAAAGACCUCAUGAACUUUUCUUAACUUUCAAAAUGUAAAUAAUAUUUGAAAUAUUAUUGAUUUUAUGAGUGUUAUUGUGAGGAAUGGAGAUUAAGAUGGAAGAAAUGCAUUAUUCUGUAUUGACACAUACUCCCACACUGAAAUUUGCUAACAUAAUAAACUAUUAGAAUAUAAUCCGUGUCAUCCUCGUGACAAAUCUAAUCUGUAGAUUAAUAUGUUACUUCGAUUAUGCCUGAAUUCCUUUUUGAUGCCACACCCUUUAUAAAUUUGAAAUGUUCUAAAAAAAAGAUUCUCCCCUCCCUCAUUAAUUUGUGGAAUGCAAAAAAAAA